AAUUCUAACCACUUCGUCAUCUUGGUUGAGCGGAAAGGAAAGGAUGAGAUGCUCUGCGCGCGGUCGGAGUUGGUUUGGUUGCAGGCAGCAGGCAGCUGCAAAGCGAUACGGGUAGCCUUGCCUAGCUCUCAGUCUCAGCCAUGGGCGACGCCGCGGAGAGGAGGCUGGCCCGCGUCGCCGCCCACCUCGUCCCGUCGUCGUCGUUCCCGGUUACGCACGCCACCGUGCGUCCCCUCGCGCCCUCUGCCACGGCAGCGUCGUCGUCGUCCUCGCCGGCGAAGGACAGCUACCGGCGCGUGCACGGCGACGUGCCGUCGGAGCCACCGGAGUGGCGCGCCGCCACGGACGAGUCGGGGAAGGAGUUCGUCGACAUCGUCUACGAGAAGGCCGUGGGAGAGGGCAUCGCCAAGAUCACCAUAAACCGGCCAAAUCGAAGGAACGCGUUCCGUCCGCUGACCGUGAAGGAGCUUAUGCGCGCAUUCAACGACGCUAGAGAUGAUAGCUCCAUUGGAGUCAUCAUUCUUACAGGGAAGGGAACCGAGGCGUUCUGCAGCGGCGGUGACCAGGCGUUAAGAGAUUCUGAUGGAUAUGUUGACUUCGAUAGCUUCGGCCGCCUCAACGUUCUAGAUCUCCAGGUGCAAAUUCGCCGUCUUCCAAAGCCUGUUAUUGCUAUGGUUGCUGGUUAUGCUGUUGGUGGUGGGCAUGUCUUGCAUAUGGUGUGUGACAUAACAAUUGCAGCAGACAAUGCGAUAUUUGGGCAGACAGGGCCCAAGGUUGGAAGCUUUGAUGCUGGUUACGGAUCUUCAAUAAUGUCCCGAUUGGUUGGACCGAAGAGGGCCCGUGAGAUGUGGUUUCUGUCGCGGUUCUAUACAGCCGAUGAAGCUGACAAAAUGGGACUUGUGAACAUUGUGGUGCCACUUGCUCAACUGGAGCAAGAAACUGUCAAAUGGUGCAGGCAGAUCUUAAGGAACAGCCCCAUGGCCAUCCGAGUGCUCAAAUCUGCACUCAACGCUGCUGAUGAUGGCCAUGCAGGUCUUCAGGAGCUUGGCGGGAAUGCCACCCUGAUAUUCUACGGCACUGAGGAGGCAAAGGAAGGGAAGAAUGCGUACAUGGAGAGACGACGCCCAGAUUUCUCCAAAUUCCCACGGAAACCUUGAGUUUCGAUUUGGUUCUGUACAUCUGUAAUGGCCUAGUCAAUUAUUUUACUGAAUGUUAUUUUUUCCAACAUGGAAAUAAGAAAAGGUGUGGUCCCAAAACAAUAAUGCCAGCAAGUUGUAUAUCAUUAUCGUUUACUACAUGCAAGGCGACGGAUGAUGGGACCUUUUUUUUUUGUCAAUCUAUUUGCAUAUAUACAAAAAAAAUGUAAUUUGUAUGAAUAUUCAGAUCGAUGGAAAAUAAAGCUAGAUGCAUUUGAUUCA